AUGCCCUCCACUCGUCCUCCCAGCCAGGCUCCGAGCCGAGCACCGAGUGUCUCCGGAUCCAGGCCCGACAUCUCUGCCAUCCGCUCUCCCCCUCAUCUCGUAGCCGCUUCCGUCACGAAGGCCUUCUCAAAGAAGGACAAGAACAGCGCUCCUUCCACACCCGUCGUCGAGCAUUCCCCCGGUCCACGCUCCAAGGGCCCCCCGUCGAUCAACUCGGACACCGGGGGACACAAGUUCACCCUCAAGGAGCUGCUUGCUAACGGCCCCAAGCUCACUCGCAAGGGCUCUGCCCGCUCGGCCAGCAGCAAGAAGUCCGAUUCCGAGGGCGGUGGAGGCAAGUCCACCGCGGGUGGCGAGAGCACGCAGAGUCUGUUGAAGAAGUAUGGCACUUGCGAGCGGGUGGCGAUCGGGAAGGGCGCCACUUCCGUCGUCCGCCUCGCUCACAAGUGGGACCGAACAGAAGAGAAACUUUACGCUGUAAAGGAGUUCCGGAAAAGAAGAAAAAAUGAAACAGAAAAAGAAUACGUCAAGAAACUGACUGCCGAGUUCUGUAUAUCGUCCACCCUCCACCACAUCAACAUCGUCGAGACAGUCGACCUCGUCCAGGACGAGCAACAACAUUGGUGCGAAGUCAUGGAGUUCUGUCCCGGUGGAGACCUCUACGCCGCCAUCAAGAAGGGCCACAUGUCACCGAGCGAGAUCGAGUGUUGUUUCAAGCAAAUCCUCUGCGGUGUCCACUAUCUUCACAGUCAGGGCGUCGCCCACCGUGAUAUCAAGCCAGAGAAUCUGUUCUUCGACACCAAGGGCCAUCUCAAGAUCGGCGACUACGGCGCCUCGACGGUGUACCGUCUGCCAUGGGAGGCGACCAUCCACAUGUCGACAGGCUUGUGUGGUAGCGAGCCCUACAUUGCGCCCGAGCAGUUCCUAGGCAAACCGUACGACGCCCGCCUAGUCGACAUCUGGGCCGUCGGCAUCGUCUAUUACUGCCUGCACUUCCAAGAGCUCCCCUGGCGCGUCGCGCAGACCUCCGAUCAGCUCUACGCCUCCUACACCGCCGCGUGCGCCAAUCCGGCACAGUCGGCCUGCCCGCCCACGAUCAAUAACCUCUCGCCGCGUUCGUGCAGAAGCCUGAUCAGGAGAAUGCUCGAACCGGACCCGAAGCAGAGGGGCCUGAUCGAGGAGUGCAUCAAGCACCCCUGGGUGGAGGGCAUCGAGGUCUGCCAUACGGUGAAUAAACCGAGUCAUGUGCAUGUGUAUGCGCAGGCGAUGGCGCAGGCACAGGUCGCGGUGCUUCCGUAG